GGGUUCACUUACCCUAUUGUCGGAAAUUAACAAUUUGGUGCUUUCUAGCUACACACCACCUCCUCCUGCCAACGAAUAUUCAUGACCACCAUCACAACCUCUGAAACAAACCGUACAUUUUUGAGUGAGGGAUUUGGUUCGUUAGUUCUUUUAGGGACAUGAAUUCAUCUUCUUCAUCAUCAUCUUGUACUUGCUGUUUUAGAACAAGAACUUGGGUGCGAAGCUUGGUUUUUCUCUUCAUCGUGCUGUGCCAUGGAGUAGAUGCGAGCAGUAUUAAGUCUAUGAAAGUGAGCGUUUCCAAGGUGGAAGACGCAGUUAAUUUCCAUAUAUAUUAUGGGCAGGCCUUCAAAGUCAUUAAGAAUGCCAUUGACGGCAAGAGCUACCUCCUCAUCCAGAACAACUCGAGAAUGGCAGCAAGGACAAAAUAUUGCACCUCAAGGAUCAAAUCGUUUGUCGUCCCCUUAUCAAAUUACUCAAUCGACGCCGAUUAUAAUUUUCCAGUUUCCUUUUUUGAGCUCCUAGGCGUACUACAGAGCUUAAAGGGCAUUACAUCAGGCUCCGUGGCUUCUCAAUGCGUAUUGAAAUUGUAUGAAGCUGGAGAAAUUAGUAUAAUCAACAAAAGUGAGACACAAGAGCUAGCACAAUAUGGAGCACAUUUCAUCACCAACACUGAUCAACCACAAUCUUGCAAUUUUGCCUCUUUUAUUCCUUAUGGAGAGGAUACUCCUUUGCAGAGAGCAGAAUGGAUCAAGUACUUGGGAGUGUUUGCAAAUGCUGAAACCAGGGCCAAUCAAGUAUACAAUGUUGUUAGAGAGAAUUAUCAAUGUUUGCUCAAUCUCUCAAAAAGCAGAACAUCGUUCAAACCAACUGUAGCAUGGAUGCAGUAUGAUAAUGGUAUAUGGUCUUUCACAACGGAAAUAUACAAGUUGAAGUAUGUGGAAGACGCAGGUGGUGAGAAUGUGGAUGCUUCUAUCAACAAAAUUACCUAUAACAUCUCUAAUCCGGAGGAUUUGGAUGAAUUGCAUGCCAUCCUUUGCACCGUGGAUGUGGCUAUUGACGAAACAUUUACUUCAGAUCCAACUGUUUACAAUACAUCAUCAUUUCUUCAAAACAUAAAAGUGGAAGAUCAUUCUUGUUUUGUUUUUCUCUCUAACCAAAGCUUAUGGAGAUACGAUAAAAGAAUUCAAAACUCAACUGCGCUUGACUGGUACAAUGGAGCAGUCUCCCAGCCACAGUUGGUUCUAGCAGAUUUUAUUGAAGUUUUAUUCCCUACUGGAAACUAUACAACAACAUAUUUCAGAAAUAUAGCCAAGGAUGAAGGAGUUGUGCAGAUUACUUCUGAAAUGUGUGAUAGGGAUGUCUCCUUAGCAAUGGAGCCAGCAAUAACAGUUUGUUGAUAACUUGAAAUCUUUGUGUUAAAAUUUUCUAAUGUUCCAAUGGCCCGGCAAAUUGUCCUUCUUUUA